AGCUGUCCAACACGACCAGUCGCCAGCUCCAUUCCCGCCCCCCUCAAAACCCUCUCGAGUUCCAGAACCUUCCAGAAGAACGUCCCGCAAUCGUCGCCCUCUCCUCCUCUCCUCCCCAUGGCCGCGUCGGCGUCGGCGGCGGGCGGCGAGCCCCAGAAGCAGUUCCUAUCCAUCAUCCGCGACUUCGCGGCCGAGAAGUCCCACGGCGAGCGCACGGUGUCGGGCCUGAAGCGCCGCCUCGACGACGUGGUCUCAGCGUCCGACGCGGCCACGGCGGAGCUCGAGGCCGCGAAGCGCGCGCGGGAGGCGGCAGAGACGGAGCUGCGCGGGAGCGAGGUGCAGGCAUCCAUCGCAGACGCGUCGAUACAGGCGCUCGAGGCGACGAUCUCUCGUCUCCAGGAGGAGAUCGCGAAGCUGGGCUCUGAACUGGAGGCGCUUAAGAGCACGGAGGACAUCGAGAGAGAGGAGUUCUUGAGACAGAUGCUUGAAAUGAAUGCAAGGAUAAGGCAGUUUCAACAGAAGGCUUCUGCAGAAUUAGCAGAGAGGUGCUCUGGGCCGCCAUCAGCAGAUGGUAAGCAAGGCAAGUCAGCAGAGGGUCAAAAUGUGAGCGACAUGAAUGAAACUAUGGACUCAGAAGGUAUGUUGACAGAUUCGGUUGAUCAGAUGAACAAGAUGAAUGCUGAGGUGCAUGUAUUGGAGGAAGAGUAUCAAAAGGACCUGCUUGAACUUGAAAAGCUGCGUCAUGAACUGGCUGAUGUGCGAGCAAAGAGAGCUCUUAUGGAGGCUGUGAUGAAAGAGACGAAGAAGUUGCAGGAGCUCGGAGGGCGCGUGUCCGAACUGGAGAAUGUGCACCAUUCACUCGCUGAGGAGCUCCAGAAGCGCUACAUAUGCCCUGGCUGCGGAACCAACAACAUGGCGCCGGAGGAGGAGGCAGCACCGGCAGCGGCGGUGGCAAACUAACUAGAGAAGUAGAGAGCACGCUGGUAGCUGCGAAUCGGCAGGGCUGGUACCUGGUAUGAGUUCCCAGUAAAUCAGUGACACGGAUCAGAUUGUUUGUGGACGAUAAAACCCCCCUAGAUUAGCCGGCUGUACUUUGGCGAGCGGUUAGCUCUUGUCGUUGCAUUACCUGACCUGCAGUGCCUGUCGAAACCACUGGGACACAGUCGUAAAAUUUUCAGUGAUCAGUACGAAUACACGUCUUGUAUCUGUUUC